AUGGUGGCGACGACGGCGGCGACGACGGCGGGGGCGGCUUCUUCUUCUUCGGCGGCCGGGGUGGCCUCCCCGUGCAGCCGGCGGCUGGCUCGGCGCUCGCACUCGGCGCUGCUGCUGGCGCUCACCGUCCUGCUGGUGCAAACGCUGCUGGUGUGGAAUUUCAGCAGCCUGGAUGCGGCCGACGAGCAGCAGCAGCAGCAACGGCGGCAGCAGCAGCAGCAGCAGCAGCCUCCGCGGAGAGGCGCCCUCGCCGCCGCCGGCAACAGCAACAGCCGGAGCGGCCACAGUAGCAGCAGCAGCAGCAGCCGCCGGCGAGAGAAGCGAGACCUGGAGAGCCGCGACGGGCCCCGGGCGCCGCAACCCCGCCGCGCGGCCGGCGCUUUCCGCGGCAAGGCGAUGAUGGAUGGCUAUUUUUCCCACCGGCCAAAGGAGAAGACGCGAACAGACAGCAACAAUGAGAACUCUGUCCCGAAGGACUUCGAAAACAUUGACAAUAGCAAUUUUGCUCCCCGGUCCCAGAAGCAGAAGCAUCGCCCAGAACUGGUGAAAAAGCCCAUCAGUGCACAGAAGGAACGCCUGCGGAGAAAGCUAGAACAGGAGGAGAAAGCCAAGGAGAACUCUGUCCUCGGGAAAAACGUCCAUGAGCGGCUGCCCUUGGACAAUUCUGCCCCUAAACCCAACAACAAUGGCAACUCCCUGAAAGACACCCCAAGGUCCCUCGCGCAGCCUCAUAUGAAACGGAGUGGGAAUGGUUCUCCUGAGCUUGGAUACGAUCAGCUGCCAAAAUGUGACAUUUCAGGCAAGGAAGCCCUCUCGGCUCUAUCCAGGGCUAAAUCCAAGCAGUGUCGUCAAGAAAUUGCCGAGACCUACUGUCAACACAGGCAAGGGAAGCUGAUGCCCGAGCAGGUGACUCGUUUCUGCCCGCUGGAAG